GGGAGCCCGAGUGCGGCUGCUCGCCCGGGACAGGGCUCUCCUCCCAGCGCUGAGCACUGGGUCCUGGCAGACGCCCCAAGAUUGUUGUGAGCGCUGUAAUCUGAACCAGCUGUGUCCAGACUGAGGCCCCAUUUGCAUUGUUUAACAUACUUAGAAAAUGAAGUGUUCAUUUUUAACAUUCCUCCUCCAAUUGGUUUAAUGCUGAAUUACUGAAGAGGGCUAAGCAAAACCAGGUGUUUUCCCCGUCGGCUCUCCAGUGGCUCGGAGGACCCAGGCUCUCCCCUUGUCCUCUCCACGACUCGCUGUCCCCCCCCCCCCCCCGAAUAAAAUCUCAGCCAGCCCCGCGGGCCCAGAGGAGGCCGAAGUUCAGGAACUGCUCCGAGGGUCCCCCCCGCACUGCCAGCGCCGUCUCUUUCUCCCUCUGCUUCUCCGGCUCCCGCGCCUUGGACAUGCCAGGAUUCACAAGGAUUCUCACUGUCACCAUUCUGGCUUUCUGGCUUCCACGUCCUGGGAAUGCACAGCAACAGUGCACAAACGGUUUUGACCUGGACCGCCCGUCGGGACAGUGCAUAGAUAUUGAUGAAUGCCGGACCAUCCCUGAGGCCUGCCGAGGAGACAUGAUGUGUGUGAACCAAAACGGCGGGUACCUGUGCAUCCCCCGAACAAACCCAGUAUAUCGGGGGCCCUACUCGAACCCCUACUCCACCUCCUACUCAGGUCCAUACCCAGCAGCUGCCCCUCCGCUCCCUGCUCCAAACUACCCCACGAUUUCCAGGCCUCUCAUCUGCCGCUUUGGAUUCCAGAUGGAUGAAGGCAACCAGUGUGUGGAUGUGGACGAGUGUGCAACGGAUUCCCACCAGUGCAACCCCACCCAGAUUUGCAUCAACACCGAAGGAGGGUACACCUGCUCCUGCACCGACGGCUACUGGCUCCUGGAAGGCCAGUGCUUAGACAUUGAUGAAUGUCGCUAUGGCUAUUGCCAGCAGCUGUGCGCGAAUGUUCCUGGAUCCUAUUCCUGUACUUGCAACCCUGGUUUUACCCUCAACGAGGAUGGAAGGUCUUGCCAAGACGUGAAUGAGUGUGCAGCGGAGAACCCCUGUGUGCAGACCUGCGUCAAUACCUACGGCUCCUUCAUCUGCCGCUGUGACCCAGGAUAUGAACUCGAGGAUGACGGAGUUCGUUGCAGUGACAUGGACGAGUGCAGCUUCUCCGAGUUCCUCUGCCAACACGAGUGUGUGAACCAGCCGGGCACGUACUUCUGCUCCUGCCCCCCUGGCUACAUCCUGCUGGAUGACAACCGGAGCUGCCAGGACAUCAACGAGUGCGAGCACAGGAACCACACGUGCACCCUGCAGCAGACCUGCUACAAUCUGCAAGGGGGGUUCAAGUGCAUUGACCCCAUCCGCUGUGAGGAGCCGUACAUCCAGAUCAGCGAUAACCGCUGUAUGUGUCCCGCCGAGAACACCGGCUGCAGAGACCAGCCCUUCACCAUCCUGUACCGGGACAUGGACGUGGUGUCCGUACGCUCCGUUCCUGCUGACAUCUUCCAGAUGCAAGCCACCACCCGCUACCCCGGCGCUUACUACAUCUUCCAGAUCAAGUCUGGGAAUGAAGGCCGAGAAUUCUAUAUGCGGCAAACAGGCCCCAUCAGUGCCACCCUGGUGAUGACACGCCCCAUCAAAGGGCCCCGGGACAUACAGCUGGACUUGGAGAUGAUCACUGUCAACACCGUCAUCAACUUCAGAGGCAGUUCCGUGAUCCGACUGCGGAUAUACGUGUCUCAAUACCCGUUCUGAGCCGGGGCCGGAGCCGGAGCCGGAGCCUCCGACACGCCUCUCACCAGCACCAAGGGCCAGGAGACGGGGAGCGACGAGAGGGAGAAUGAGAGGGAGACAGACGCCCCGCCUUUCCUGCUGAACGUCCCCCGGAGUCAGCCCCACUGUCCUGGCCACGCCUGCAUUAUCGUAGACCUGCCGAUCGGAGGACACGCUUCCCCAGUUCCUACAGUGCAGUUAUCGACAAGGCUUAUCCUUGGCACCCUGGCCCGAGGGUCACGGUGAUUUUUCCAGGCCUUCCGUUUACCUUCAUAUUUUUCAAAGAAAUAGAUUAGGUUUGCUGGGGUCUGAGUUCAUGUUCAAAGACUGGGAACAGAGUCCUCCCCGCUCCUCCGUGCCUCCCCAACCCCCCCUCCCGCGUCCACGCUGAUUGCCGCUUUGCAAAGGCUCACAGAGCCCCCGGGGACGCGGUGUGUAGCUAGCCCGCUUCCUGUAUGCACAGAGAAGGCUAUGGAAAGAAGCCACUGCAGGGCCGAAGGGUUCUUACAGAGUCUAUGCCAAAACCACGUCUGGUGUCUGCCGCCGUAAAAGAAGGCUUAGAGUUGUCCUGAAACUUGUAUAACUGUUUAAUCCUUUCUUUUUGUUCAUUUUGAGUUUUUCGUGUUUUGUUUUGUUUUUAAUUAAAAAAAAAGAAUAAGUGGUAGAA